UUGCAAGAUCAUGUCAUAUACCUUCAUAGGGUCACUUCGAGCUGGUUCAAAGAUGUCAAGGUCCCAGAAUACCGCGGCUUUUUAGGGAAACAGGUCACCCCCUUUCAGCUCGAACGCCCCUACUGGGAGACCCUGCACGCCCGGCAUAUCCUACCACUCGGGGCUUAUCGCGGGAAUGAGAAAGCUUUGAGGGACGAGCCUGCAGCUCCUUGCCACAAAUUCCGGGCAGACUUGACUUCAACCUCCUCACGGACGACCCAACAGCUCGGCUGGUAAUCUACUUCCAAGGCGUGGGCGACACUCUGGGUCCGGCUGGCGAACCCAGAGCUAUCGCGCCUUGUCCGUGAGUGCAGAAAAUGUACACAUACUGGCCAUCGGCUACAGUGGUUUAGAUUCUCGUCCUGGGUGGCCAUCAGAAGACGGUCUG